AGGAACGAAAAAAGGUGUGUUCUCGUUUCUAGGGAUUAUUCUAGGGACUGUCGGUAAAGUUUUCAACGCUAGCAUCACACAUGAGGAAAUAUUUUAUUUCAUACAAUUUUGUAUUUAUAGUUUCAUCAAAUGAUUAGAAAUGUAUUAGAAUCUAACAGACAACAUCAUAUUUGUAAUUUUAAAGCAGACAUUGGUCAGUUCUUACAUAGACGACGGAACAUGCAACCAAUGCGAUGUGUUCCCACCAUAAUUAAAUCGAUAUUUACUCGAUUAUUCGCGAGCUAUCAACCUUCGACGAGUGAAGUUUCUUUCUUUAAGCAAUUAUUUUAAUUGACAACUGAAAUAUAGCAUUUUAAAUAAAUAACACAAUUGAAAUGAGAAAAGAAAAGGAAAUUGUUUCGUUAUUGUUGUUACUUCUUGUCAAUGUUGCACACAGUGACAUGUUUUAUAAUCUUUUAAAUCGAGAGGAUCCGUGCAUUAAUCUUUGUGAAAAAACACCGUUGUCCUUCACAAAUAGUAAAUACGUGAAAUCAUGUUGUCAACGAGGGUGUAGAUUCUUCAAUUUGGUAGAUUUACAUUAUGGAUUGGAACCAAACAGUUUGAAUGGUACCAGAGAUUCCUGUGAAGCUUCAUGUACAGAAGCAUACACAGCACCACAAGAUCGAUAUGCCUGUAGUACUGGUUGUGAUUUCAUGGCUAAGCAACGUCUUUCAGAUAUAUUAUCAUUAUUCUCCUUUGCUGUUUAUGUAGAAGAAGGAGUUAAUUCUAAUAUAGUUCUAAUGUCCCCUGAUAUACCUGAAAAUGAUAUUUUAACUGAUCCAGGAUUACGGAAAGAACUUCUUCCUGGUUGGUGGGAUUCCAAUGGAUUUAAAUUACCUCAAACAUAUAUUAAAACUGUUCCAUUAGAUGCUGGGACAGUGGAUUAUGGUGUACCAUCAGACUACUUUGGAGAAAAUGAUCAAUCAGCUUCAAUACCUGGAUCUGAUUGGCUUCAAUGUGCUUCAAAACACAUUGGACUACCUCAUUGGCUUCUAGCUUCUGCUAUUGCAGCAGCUGCAUUAUCUGCAUUUUGGUUAUGUUUGUAUCCAGAAAAACCUACUGAUCCUUACAAAGAAAUACUUAUCGAAAAGUCUGAUAUUUCACCAACAAUUGCAUUGUACAUACCAGAGGCACCAUUACAUAAAAAACCUCCUCCUAAGUAUUCUGAGUGUGUUGAUACAACAGAAAGUAACAUGAAAGUUUAGCUACGAAUUUUAGUGUCACAAUUUUUAAGUGAUUUUCAAAAACGUUUAAAUUUAAAUAUAUUAAUGCAAUUUUGAAUAAAUAAUGUUUAUAUUAAGUAUAGUAGGGCUUUAUAAACAUUACAAUUAUUAAGAAGUAACUGCACUUUCUGUUAUCAACAAAAUCAUUUAUAGUUUAAAGAUAAAUUUUUAAGAAUACAUAUAAAAAAACGGAAGCUUUAAAAACUUAAUUCAGAUAUAUAAGGACUAAAAUCAAAGUAAAUGGUAACCUAGAUUACAAAAUAUUUUCCAGACAAAAAUGUAUGGUAAUGUGCACAGAUGCACAAGCGUUAUUACUUUAUAUGCAACUGUUUUUUUUUUGUUUUUUUUUAGAACAGGAAAUAACAACUCAUUAUUUUUUUUUUUCUAUCAAUAUAA